UCCCAUUGCAGGGGUCCUUGUGGGGCUGGGCAAAAAUAUCACCAAAACAACAGCCUGCUCCUCAGAGAGCUAAAUAUAAACUAAUUGGGUGAGGAGGAGGGAAUUUUCCACCAUGCUCCUCCUCUGUGCCUGCCAGCCUGCCCGGUCAUGAAGCCUAUGGGCUGCUCCCCGCUGGGGAAUCUCCUGUCCCCAGUCCCCAGCAUCUCAUGGGAUGAGUGCCACCACUUCCUUUAGGGAUGAAGCCUUCUGCACAUUCCUUGGAAGCUGUCAGGCCACUGGCAGACCUGAGCCCUGGAGCUCUGGUUCUGCCCACAAGUCUCCCUACGGGCAGUGGCCGUGUGUAAUUGUGAAAAAGGACUUCUCCAAGGUCACACUCCGUGCCAGCCUGGCUGCCCACGACCCAGCGAUUUCUGGAGAGCAGCAAUGCAGAACCUGGCUCUGCUACAGGGAACUGGAGAGAGCAGAUCCAUGGGCUGUUUCGUUUUUCCAAACUUUUCUGAGCUGGCUGCCUUUAGAGAGACAAAAAUUCUCAAGCAAGAGCCUGUUUCUGAAACCUCACUGGGAUAGUGCAUCUCAGUACAGGCUGUGGAUGUAUGGGUCUUUAGUCAUCAACAGUUGCCAGGGAGGAAAAGGCAAAGUCACUGCCAGCACCAUUUCCUUCGAGCUAAAGAUGUUGAGACAAAGCACCUCUGCCCCUGCCCUGUCCUUUCAGUCCUUCCGCUGCUGGGAGCUUUCCACACCCCGAGGCUGUCCCUGCACAUCCCCUGAGGAGCCGGCAGGGCCCAGCCUCUCCUGGGGGAACAUGGACUGAAAGAGGAGCUUUGCCAGCCCCCAGCUGCCAGCACCCUUUGCCUGGACCCUGAUGGACUCCGAGGCAGGACUGCAUUACCAUGGUGAUGAUCUUAACCAAAACUCGGGAAAACAAAGGUGCUGACUCCGUAACAUGCAGGACUGAGCUGCACACUCCAAAGAUGAGUCAAGGACCUACCCUCUUCUCUUGUGGCGUGAUGGAAAAUGACAGAUGGAGAGAUCUCAGCAGGAAAUGUCCACUCCAGCUCGAGCAGCCGGGCAUCUGGGACUGCCUGUCGGACAAGGGCGAGGAGGGCUCGCGGUGGCCGAGGGACACGGCCGGCACCUGCUCCGUCACCAACCUGAUCAAGGACCUGAGCCUCAGCGACCCCCAUGGCCACCCCUCAGCUCCUCCCAGCAAGCGCCAGUGCCGCUCGCUGUCCUUCUCGGAUGAGAUGUCGGGCUGUGGGACCUCGUGGAGACCCCUGGGCUCCAAGGUGUGGACGCCGGUGGAGAAGAGGCGCUGCUACAGCGGCGGCAGCGUCCAGCGCUACUCCAAUGGCUUCGCCACCAUGCAGAGGAGCUCCAGCUUCAGCCUGCCCGCCCGCUCCAACCCGCUCUGCGGCGAGCAUCCCACCCUCGCCGCCCGCCUGGGCGGCCAGCCCAGGAAAUCGGCUGCUGGAGGGCACGGGGGUGACAGGGUGGACAUUCAGAGGUCCCUGUCCUGCUCGCACGACCGCUUCUCGUGCUCGGAGUACGGCGCGCCCUCAGCCAGCAGCACGCCGGCCUCCACGCCCGAGCUGGGCCGCCGCGCCGCCGGCCUCUCCCGCAGCCGCUCCCAGCCCUGCGUCCUCAACGACAAAAAGGUUGGAAUCAAGCGGAGGAGGCCGGAGGAGGUGCAGGAGCAGCGGCCCUCGCUGGACCUCGCCAAGAUGACCCAGAACCGCCAGACUUUCAACAGCCUCACCUGCCUUAGCACCACGGCCGAGGACGGCUCCCAGCGGCUCCAGGGCCCCCAGCCGUGGCCCACGGCUCCGGAGGUGAUGCCGGGCAGGACCCCCGCCUGCACCCCGGUCCCGGAGCCACCCCGUGCCCCAAACAGCAGGGAUGACCUGUCCUGCGAGGAGGAGGAGGAGAGUGCCGGGAAGGAGGAGGACAGGGUGGCCUGGCGGAGCGGUGGGACGGGCACCGAGAGCCUCUUCCAGCUGGAUGGCGAGAUAGACAUCGAGCAGAUAGAGAACAACUGAGGAGGGAGCAGCUCUUCUCGCCCUGGGCUCUGGGGGCUGCCAGCAGAGCCGGGGAGGGCUCCUCGUGUCCAGCGAGUUUGUGGGAUUCUGUCACUGCUGCCCUUCCUGCCAGCUGGAGGGGAUGAAGCAGCUUUGCCAAAAUUUCAUCAGGUAUUUAGAGGAAUUCGUGUGCAUGCGUGUGUAAAUCUUGAAAUUCUUUGUAACUACUGUAGCCAGAGAUCAGCCAGUUGGAGGAAAGUGCCUGUCCCACAGGGAAAGCGGGCACGGGGAUCGCCAAAAACUUGGGAUCCACGAGUAAAUGGCUUUUGCCAGGAUAGGGGUGGAGCUGAUGGGAGCUGGCCGUGCUCCCACAGAGCCCACCUGUGCUAGUUCAGAAAGGGGUGCACAAGGAGAAACCACCACCCCUGGGACUGGAGAAAGGGAGGGAAAAGCAGAAUAUUGAGAUUUGCAAACACUGGCUGGUGGCUGCCUGGGUGGCUGCGGUUCCUUUCCUCCGGCCGUGUCCCGUGCGGCCCCGGCACCUCCCUCACUCCCCAUGUCCCUGGCAGUGCCGUGAGAAGGAAAUCACAAGUGAAGAGUUUUGCUUAGAUUUAAUAAUGGCAAGAGCUGGAUUUUUACUCCUUUAUUUUUAGUUUUCCUGAUGAGGAGUUAAACAGAUCCCUGGCCCAUUCAGGGCAGCAUCUGCAGCAGCGCUUGCUGGGUGCUGCAUGGAGAUGCUCAAAUGCCUUCCUUCCCUAUUCUUUUUCUUCCCAGCCCCCUCUCUCAACUCUUUUGGGAAAAAAAACAACCCUACUCAGGCUCAGUGCCACCCUCAUUUGGGUUCCCAACACCCUGUUUUGAGCAGGGCUGGGCUGUUUACCCAUUUACCAGCAGCUGUGCCCACUUCUCUACCCGGGGCAGGGCUGCCACCCUCUUUUUUUUUGGCUUUACUGUGAAGGGCUGCCUGCCCGAGGCACGUCAUGGAGGGGUUACUUGACAAAGUCAGCUGGCAAAAGGCUGAAAAUCCAGGUAGCAGCACUGAAAGCUUUUCCUCUUCCUGUGCCUUUUUUAAGCACAGAUAAAGUGGUGACCAUUAUGUUUGUACAAUAUGAAUUCUCUUUGCUAAAAAUAAGCUGUCCACUCGCUAACAGGUUUAGAAGGACACUUUUUUUUUUCUCCAUCUGGUUUUGUUUUUGGGUUUUUUUAUUAUUGUUUGUUUAAAGCUCUAGGAAAGCUGUACAAAUGGCUUCCAGCAUCUUCUGGAUUCCUUCUGCUGGUUCCUUCAAGCUCAGGGGUCACUUCCCGAGCUUUGGAAAUGCAAGAAAAGAGAAAAACCAUUGAUACCAAGAGCAGUUGAAGACAGGACAUUUUUAAUGGGGUUCAGCACCCCGCUGGCAAUGCCUUGAGGGUCCAUAACUCAGAAGGGCUGAGAGCUGCUGGUACAGGUUUCAUCCAUCAUUUCUGGUUAUGUUAGUGCACUUUUUUCUGCAGUGGUUUGGGAUGUGUGUGGCAUCUCCCACCACAGUGGAACCCAUCGGUUGUUACCCCUGUCCUGCCACUGCUGAGGUUUUGCUGGUGGCUGUGGCCAUGUCCACUCCCUCCAGGCAAGCAGGACAAGCCCCAGAUAUUCGGGGAGGGGAUGACAGGGAUGUCUUUUCAUUUUGGGGAACCCUCCAGCUCUUUUAAAGUGUCGCUUGUUGCAUCACUUAGAAGAAAAUACAUCCUGGGUUAGUUUCUAUCCCUCCUGUUGUGGAGGGUCCAGCCAUGCCAGUGUUUUCCCAGGCUGCUGCCCCUCUGUCCGUGCCCCUGCAGUGGCACCCUCACAGCACAGUUCUUGGCUUUGAGUCUUCCUGAUGCUCCAUCCAUCCAUCCAUCCAUCCAUCCAUCCCUCCCCACCACCGGCACGUCCUGGUCUCGGGGUGCACAGCUCCCGCUGGCCACAGGCACCUCCUCAGCUGAGCAACAAAGGGCAAAUUCACCCCAAUCCACGUCCGGCUGCCGCCGCAGAGCUCCGGGUGGGCUCUCGAGUGGGCAUCCCCAGGGCUGGAACUCCUAAGGGCUUCUGUUUUCUUUCCAAGGGCUGCUCCUGGUGCCAUUCUAACCCUCUAGAGGGGGAAGGUGGCCAAUGGACCACGGCCCAGCUGUCCUGGACCUGGUGGCCAAAGGGCCACAGCCCAGCUGUCCUGGACGUAGCCGUAGCAUUCAGUUUACAUUCAGCACAACCCGUUUGCCUUACUAAAAACGCUUCUCCAAUGAGUCAUGGCCUUACACUGGGCACGUUGGCGUAGGCACAGACUACAGUUAGCGACAGUUUUGAGGCCACAGUGAUGUUCUGUUGGGUAUUUUUUGUUGGGUUUGUAUGAUUUCACGUACUUAUUCUCAGUUUAAGAAAGCCUUACUUUUCAAUUUUUUUCUCUCUUUCUCUCUCUCUCUCUCUCUCUGUAGAGGUAAAAUAUUUGUGGAUUUAUAUAUAUAUAUAAAUAUAUAUAUAAAUAAAGUAAUUAAAAAUAUUAAAUAUAAUAUAGUAUGUGCCUCAGAUUCAGGGGACAUCCUGUUGAUUGUAAAGUCAGAAGUGGCGUUGCUCCCCUGGUGUCAGGAGAUCUGUCCCCUAUGCAGUGGGAGAGCAGGGCAUCCCCUGGGGGUCUUGCUCUUGGUUUGUAAAGGACUUCACCUAUUACACAGAUGUUUUGGGAACCCCCCAAAUCCCCUGGCAAACCCCUGCCGGCUGCCAGAAUGUGAUACUAAAGUAAUAUGCAGACAAGGGAUGUUAUUCCUUGCUAGGUAGCUCAAAUAGGCUCAUUAUUGUGAAGGGACUCAGUGGCUUGUCCAUGGUGUGACCCAGUCUGGGCAGCAGCUGUUUUGGGAUGACACCAAAGCUGUGGCAGCAGCAAUAAAGGUUCUUCAUCCUGAAAAAAAAAUAGGAUUUUAACACAGAAAGUCUUAGCAGGCACACACAGAGUUCGCUGUGUGUUUUGCAGAUGUAGCUCUUUGAGCCUGUCCUAUGAAAGAGUACAUUGAAAAAAAAAAAAAGAAACCAACGAAAAGAAGCGUUUGUAAAAUAGAUUGUAAUUUUUCCACGUGCUAGCAUAGCCUGUUUGGCCAAUAAAGUUGUGUUUCAAGUGCAUUGUUUAAAGCUCCUGGCUGCCCAGGCGAACAGACUGAUGUAGGAUGUUCUAGGAUUGUAGCAGUGCUUUGCGGCGUGUGUGGGUUCGGUGUUCAAGAAAGAAAAAGAAGAGGAUGGCCAAAUAAAAAACAAAACAAAAAUGAAAAAAAUGGGAAGAAGAAUAAAAAAACAAAGCCUUCUGGAGCUAUGACCUGUAGUAGCCAAGUCUCGCUGGCAAUUGCACAAGCGCCGCGGGCCGUGCGUGUCCCGGGAGGGGCUGCCCGAGGUGUCCCCUCCGCGGGCGGGCGAGGAGGCUGCUCCUGCCCCCUCCAUGACUUGAUUGCACUAGAGCAGCUCAAUCUCAGGAAAUUGCUUGUUACUUUUACUGUGUAAAUAAAGCUUCCUGGUUCAAUAAC